UUGCGGUCGGAGCUGUCAGCUCGGCGGGGAAGCUGAGGAGGAGGAGGAGGAGGGGGCGCCUCGGAGGGACUUCCCUUUCCUCCCUUUUCCUCGGGCCUUUUCCCCUCGCAGCCCGGAAAUGGCCGGCCACAUGCCCCCCUGCGUCGUGGACGCCGGCACCGGGUAUACAAAACUGGGAUAUGCUGGCAAUACAGAACCACAGUUCAUUAUCCCAUCAUGCAUUGCAGUAAGAGAAUCAGCAAAAAUAGGUGACCAAGCACAGAGGAGGCUGACACAAGGAGUUGAUGAUCUAGAUUUUUUUAUUGGUGAUGAAGCUCUAGAUAAACCUACCUAUGCAACAAAGUGGCCUAUACGACAUGGUAUUGUAGAAGACUGGGACCUUAUGGAAAAGUUCAUGGAACAAGUUAUUUUUAAAUAUCUUCGGGCAGAACCAGAAGAUCACUACUUCUUAAUGACAGAGCCACCACUGAACACUCCUGAAAAUAGAGAAUAUCUGGCAGAAAUCAUGUUUGAGUCUUUUAACAUACCAGGACUUUAUAUUGCUGUUCAGGCAGUGUUAGCUUUAGCUGCAUCUUGGACUUCACGGCAAGUUGGGGACCGUACCUUGACAGGUGUCGUUAUUGACAGCGGUGAUGGAGUGACCCAUGUAAUUCCAGUGGCAGAAGGCUAUGUAAUUGGCAGCUGCAUCAAACAUAUCCCCAUUGCAGGUAGAGAUAUUACAUAUUUCAUUCAGCAACUCCUGAGGGAGAGGGAGGCGGGGAUCCCACCUGAACAAUCGUUGGAGACAGCUAAGGCCAUAAAGGAAAAAUAUUGUUACAUUUGCCCUGACAUAGUAAGAGAAUUUUCCAAAUAUGAUGCAGAUCCACAGAAGUGGAUAAAGCAAUACACAGGCAUCAACGCAAUCAACCAAAAUAAGUAUGUUAUUGACGUUGGUUACGAACGAUUUCUUGGGCCAGAAAUCUUCUUUCAUCCAGAGUUUGCCAAUGCAGAUUUCAUGGAAUCGAUUUCGGAUGUUGUUGACGAAGUUGUACAGAACUGCCCUAUUGAUGUCAGGCGCCCUUUAUAUAAGAAUGUGGUUCUUGCAGGAGGCUCCACGAUGUUCAGGGAUUUUGGACGGCGGCUGCAGAGAGACUUGAAAAGAGUAGUUGAUGCCCGCUUGAGAAUCAGCGAAGAGCUCAGUGGAGGCCGGAUAAAGCCUAAACCUGUUGAAGUUCAAGUGAUCAGUCACCCCAUGCAGCGCUAUGCAGUCUGGUUUGGAGGCUCUAUGCUCGCAUCAACAAAUUCUUUGACGUAUGCCACACCAAGAAAGAUUAUGAGGAAUACGGCCCUAGUAUUUGCCGUCAUAAUCCUGUUUUUGGAAUUAUGACUUAAUUCUCACUCUGUGGUGAAAUCUGUUGCUGUGUCCAAUGGAGAUCCUUUUGCUUAUGAAGAGUUGAAACUAUUGAAACAUGGAGUGCUGUGGAGACCAAGUGGCCUUGAAGAAGAAUACCUCAAUCCUACAGAAUGUGCUGAAAUCAGGCACAGCAAUACUAAGUUUCAUAACUAAGUGCCUUCCUUUCUCCAAUUGUCAGCAGACGUCAUGAUUUAGAAAGAUUUAACAGGAAUUACAGGUCUAAACAGAGGGCAACAAAACCCAAACCAAAAUAUUAUCACUUUCAAAGCUUUUCUGGAACAGAGAAGAACCUAUAUUGUGCUCAGUCUUGUUAUCCAAUCUGCAAGGAUGGAACUUAUUUUGCAAAUCAUUGCAUUAGUCUCAAUGGGUUUAUUAAUUAUUAUUUUUUUGGUCUUCCUUGAACAGAUAUUUCAGAAAUGGUGCCUUAGUUUUGUGAAAAAUUGAACAACUAUUCUAUGCUGAGUACUUUGUACUUGAUGAUAAUUGUUGAAGCAGAUGGCCUGAGUUGAUCACCAACUGCUAGCGAUGUCAUGGAGAGU